AUGGACGGUGCCAGCGUGCUCGCAAAAUGUCUCAAAGAGCAGGGCGUGGAGUACAUGUUCGGUGUGGUUGGCUUUCCAAUCAUCGAAGUUGGAGUGGCUGCUCAAAGCGUUUUGGGAUUAAACUCACCUCUAGCUGCGAACGCAAAAGUAAAGCUGAAACCGGUUCACGCAGGCUUGGCAAUCAGUACAGCUUGUUAUGCAGCUCAAGCAAUGGGUUACCUGACAAGGAAGCCCGCAGUUUGCCUGGUAGUAUCGGGUCCAGGUCUGCUACAUGCCAUUGGAGGUCUUGCCAACGCGACUGUGAAUUGCUGGUGA